AUGGCUGAGGCUGUUCUAGGCGUGGUAGCCAGUGGUGCCGGCCUCGCUAGCCUUGCGCUGCAGCUGUUUGAGGUUGCUCAGAAGCUUCACGAACUGCGUGCUGACAUACGCGACGCUCCUGUGGAAGUCCGCGAGAUUCUUGACGAAGUCGACCUCUUACGUACCGUUCUCACAGAGUAUCUCAAUGUCUCUGGAUCGGCCAACAAUUCUGGUCUGGGCCCGACUCUUGUGCAGAAGCAAGCCUCGGGCCAGUGCUUGAAAGUCCUCAAGGUUCUGCGCGACAUUGCACAUGAACUCGAAACCCAGAUACAGGCUUCAAGCUCGAGGCGACUGAUAAAUUGGGCCAAGGUCGAGGCGGCUUUCAAACGGAAGCGAUUUGUGCGGCUCCAGACUGAACUCGAGAGGGCCAAGUCGACCCUCGUCCUUGCUAUUUUGACGGACUCACGUUCGAAACCCUGCCUUCCCGACAGCAGCAUCAUAUUCAAAGAGCCGGUAGAAAAACACCCCUCAGAAACUACCGAGCUCCCCGCGAAAUCGGCCAUUCUUGGGCCGCGUGCUAACAACUCAAGACUUACCAGGUCAAGCUCCUGGUUUGCGAAGUACAAUAUCGGGAUCGCAAACGUAUACGUCAGAAGCAAGCACUCUCCGCAACGAGCUGAGGCCGACGACAGUGCGCCCCAGAACGGUCUUCAAUGGUCUAUUUCACUCACGUCUUGGAUCUUUAAUAACGCAGUGGCUUUCAUGCUCGACAGUCGUCCCCCAAGGAUCCAGUUGACGCUACAAAUCGAUCGCCUUGUUCCACCUGAUGCAGAGAUAUUUCACCUUUGUGCUGCAGGAGGCGCGAUCGGCGUUGGGAGAUCUAUUGCUGAUGGAAAAUCUUCAGCAUCAGACAUUACUUAUGAGGGUGUGACUCCACUAAUGGUCGCCGCGUACUACAGGCAUGCCGAUGUAUGCCGUGUUCUUCUUGAUGCAGGCGCUGAUGUGGCCGCGACUAUGCUUAAGGCCUACGGAAACACCACUGUUCAAUUAACUGCUCUGCAUUUUGCGCUGAGCGGACUUGGGAUUUCACAAACUUCGGUGUCUGCUCUCUCGAUGCAUGUAGAUCCAUGGCAAGCCCAUUGGGAGGCACUCUCGAAUUUCGACUUUUGGUACGACCCCCCAAUCACGGUGAGCUCAAAUACUGCCCGUGUCCUCGUCGAGCAUGGAAGAAGCUGCAUUGACUCCGGCUGGUCACCGCCCUCUCGCCACCCGAAUUCCAUGGAUGAUGCCACCAGUCUGAUGCCCGGUACUCUGUUCUAUGGUACGCCCGAAGACUUUGUUUGGCUGACAGCGCCUGAGAGAGUCAAUCUUGUAGGCUGGGAAUUGGAUCAUUUCUAUGUGUCUAUGGCCUUGAUGCAGUGUCUCGUCAGGAACUUCAACGUUCGCAGGAUCUCCACAAUUUUCUGGCGAGUCAGUGAUCCAUCAAACUUGGCGAAGAUUUACGAUUCAUGGAACUGGACUCUCUUACACUAUCUCCUUUCUCGUCUACCCUAUGUUGAUGAUGAAUAUCUGAGUUUCCUUGUGCCAAUGCUGGAUCAACUGGUACACGCAGGUGCGAUCGGGUUCGCAGGAACUCUGCGCAAACCCACACCGCUCAUGCACGCUGCUCAUAUGAGUCUUGAGUAUCAUUUGUUCAGAUACCACGUGUGGCAGCCUCAGCUCGCAGCCCAAAUUGUGACCAGCGGCUUGAAAUUGUGGUUGGAAAUACUGGGAAGGGCAAAGGUGGAUAUUCGCAGCUACUUCGCCGCAGAAUGCCAACGUGGAGCAGCGGACUUCAUUGACAACGCUCACGCCGGCGAGGUACACGAUCCUCGUUAUUUUCGCAUUGAGGCCAACUACUACUUUCAGCGGCGCAUCUAUCCCGCGCCAGGAGGCUGGCCCGGUAAUGACACGGAGGAUGGUCUGCAAAGUACUGAAGAUCUAGAUCAGUCGCGGAUCGAUGAACGAGGCUGGGGAGACAGUGAAGAUGGAUCAGACCUGAGAAGCAACGAUGAUGAAGAUGAUUCCACGUCUCACAAGGACGCUAAUAGCGGAAAUGAAGAAGUUGACGGCUUCAACGAGCUGUCCUGUCCCGAUAGGUGUCUGCUGGAGGAAAGCAGCGAGCUAAAGGCAAGGGAAACACCGAAGCUGCAGACGGACAUUGGACUUCUCGCCUAG